GACAGACAGACAUGUUUUAAGUAGCCUUAGCUUGUGUACCACUUUGCUGGAGAUAACUGAAAUGAUUGUUGUAUUUCCAACAGCAUGUGAAGGUACCAUAAGUGUCUUCCUGUAUGCUCUUCAGCUGUUAUCCUAGCGGUGGAGAUUCACGGACUGGCAGAACACGGACUCUCGACGGCUUUAGUCUGGGACGUUUACGUUUGUGUGAAAUGGCCUCCAAUGCUUUGGAAAACACGCUGGAGCAACUGAGGCCGAAUGACCUAUGGUCCUUCUGCUUCCUGCUGCAGUGCAAAAAAGAGACUGGACGUUUGAGGAAACACCUGAGGAGACUUUACCAUGAUCGAGACAUCAGAGGGAUCGGAGACAUUCUGGUUUCAACUUUCUCCGAGGAGGGUGCUCUGUCAGAGAGUGCAGAGAUACUGAAGGAGAUUGGCUGCCACGGCGAGGCAGACAGACUAGUUUUGGACGCAGGUGGACAGUCCAAAGAGCACGUUGCGGAUACAUUUAAAGAUCAGCUGAUCCACACUGUGAGGGAUGUUGAAUCCAUUUUGGAUGAGCUCCUUACCAAGAGAUUUAUUCAAAAGGAAAGUUAUGAUAAAAUCAGCGCUCUCCCGACCUCGCAGGAGAAGAUGUGGGAGCUCUUCGAUGGUCAUCUGAAAAUUGAUGGAGCCGAAGACAUCUUCUACAACAUCAUUAAGAAAUGGAUACCAGAUCAUCAGGGUCCAAGAGAUUUUUCGCAGCCGGGGAGUAAGGUCAAAGCCCAGAGAGGUUUGGAGAAUGUCAAAGGGAAAAAGAGAGCGAUGGUCACUGGAAGUGAAACAUCACCUGAGGGUGACUGGAUUAAACUUGAGCCUGAAGUGAACUGUGUGGAUGCAGACGAUGCUCCAAUUUACAGCCUGCAGUCUGAAGCAGGUAACUUCGAAUGCAGCGUCUCUGGAUUGCGUUGGGUUUGCAAGGAAAAGAUCAGCUUCAAGUACCAUUUUGGUUCUUGGAAGGAACACAUGGAGAGACUGAAAACCAUGCAGUACAUUCCUGCAGGUCCCCUUCUGGACAUUACAGUCAUCGCUGGAACGUUAGAGGAAGUUUCUCUGCCACACUGGAUCUGCACAGAGGAGAACCCUACACUUUUAGGCAGGUUUGCGGUCCUCCACAUAGAUACCUGUGGAGACAUUGUGGAACAAGUAUCUGAGGUCACACCAUCUCAUGUCAAGUUGUCUCAGCCAAUUUUCUCUCCAAGAGGAGUCCUGAUGAGAGCCGGCUUCCCAGUGAAAAUCAAGUGCAAAGUGUUAAUAUAUGAGACCAAAAAAACAUUCCUCACACUACAUGUGUAUCUGAUCCCUCGUGAUCCUGCUCUACUACAGAUAAUAAAAAGCAAGGAAUUAUCCAAUGGAUACAGAACGAUCCAAAAGCCAUACCCAGAGAAGUCCCUGAAAAUGUCUGAUUACUUUGUCCUCAAAGCCAAUAUUGACCGUGCAGAAAUUUGCCCUGAGAAAUUACAGCUCAUAUAUGAAGAAAGUGACCCAAACUUCUUUGAAGUGUUCAUUGAAAAUCUAGACAGUGCUGUCCAGCUCACACUCGGACAUGAAUCUGGACCACUGUGGAACUGUACAAUCAGAAGAGAUGACUAUCAUUCCACUGGGGAUAUUCAGCUGAUGUAUGAACUGGAACUUGCCAGAGUGAGGCCUAAACUUGUGGAGAAAAUGUCCAGAGAACUGAUUAAUCAGCUGCUGGAUGACCUUUUAAAGGAUCAAGUCUUGAAUGUGGGGGAGAAAGAUUCGAUAAUUCAGGAGAACAAAACCAGUGCAGACAGGGCACGCUGCCUCGUUGACAUGGUCAUGAAGAAAGGACGCGAAGCCAGCUGGAAGAUAAUGAUUAGUCUUCAAAGCAGAGACCCUACACUGUAUGCUGAGCUGGGGCUGGUCUCUGGCCUACCUGUUUAGCCAGGUAAGGUCCGUCCCAGAUCUUGAUCUUAUUUGUAUUUCAGGCUUUCAGCCCCUGUAUAGUGCUUAAGCUAGAGGGACUUUUAUUAUGUUAUUAUUUGACAUCAAAUGUUUGAAGUGUAUUGACCCGUGAAAUAUCAUUUUAAACAGUAAUCUGAUAGCGGUGAUAUUGUAUUUUGGUGUUCCUGCAGUGUUUAAGUAAAUAAAUCCACACUCAUCCCCGCAGCUGAUGCAUUGUGGACCGAGAAAAUAAAGACACAUGUGCCAAAUAUGUUAUGUUAUAAUAUGUUUUCUAUUUAUAUCUAUUUAUAGUAUUUAAACAAAGAUGCACUAAUUAAUAUAUUUUUUAUUAACAAUGAAUAUAAUCAUAGUAAGGGUGUCACUCAAUAUACCCACAGUUUCCAAAACUGCUGUUUUCAGUGAAAGAGCCAGAUACCAGGAGAAUCAGAAGAACAAAACUUAUAUAAAAAAAAGAGUGAUAAUUGUAUAUAUUUGUUGUUUGGACUGAAACUGAAUCUGUUUCUGCAGGGUGUGUAAAUGUAGACAAUACACUGCAUUCAUUCCAAUAGGAAUCUAAUGAAUGUAAGAUUAGUCUCCAGGAUUAAUUUCACUUUUAAAAUGAAGCACUGAUUUGUUUUUGUUGUUUUGAGUAAUAAAUCUACAAGAUAAAGGGAAGUGAUUUAAAAUCUAAUUACAAUCACUACUAACAUUUAUUUGAAUUACAGUUUGUUUCCAAUAACAUGAUUUUGUAAUCAGAUAACAAUAAAAUGUUUUUAUUAAACUUU